AUGCUUGCGGCCCCUUGGGUAUGUCGCAACUGCCUUUCGCGUAUAGCUAGGCCGCUGCUCGGGCGCGGCAUUCGCCUGCAAAGCUCUGCUGCGUCGCCUGAAUCUAUCCCUCCAGCCCUCCUCGCUCGAGCCCAGGCAAUCACCGCUGAGCACAAGCAGCUCACGGAGAAACUAUCCAAUGGCUUCGAUACGCGCGCCGCGAAGAAACUGGGCGAGUACAGCCCCAUUGUGAAUGCAUUGGGAGAGUGGAAUAAAGCCAAUGAGACUGUUGCAGAGCUCACUUCCAUGAUACACGAUUCCUCGACGGAUCCUGAACUACAAUCACUCGCUGCAGACGACCUCGCAGACACGCGAACGCAGCUCGCCAAUGCGUCACAGAAGCUGAUUACCUCCCUAGUGCCCGUCCACCCUUUUGCGCACCUGCCAUGUCUGCUGGAGAUACGGCCUGGCGCGGGCGGGUCAGAAGCCGCCAUCUUCGCCGGUGAUCUCUUUCGCAUGUACCAGGCUUUCUGCAACCGCAAUGGCUUCCGCAUCAAUCUGCUCAAAUACGAAAACAUCAACGGCACGACAGAAGCUGGGGUCCCGCUCUCCGAGGCCAUCAUGGAGGUCGAGGACGAGAAUGCAUACGGCGUGUUUAGAUGCGAAGCAGGUGUCCAUCGGGUGCAACGAGUGCCGGCCACGGAGACCAAGGGUCGAACACAUACCAGCGCUGCAUCGGUCCACGUUCUGCCCAGUCUGCAGGAGAAUUCUGCCGAGGAACAGGACUUUGACAAGCCCGAAAGCGACUAUUACAUCGACCCAAAGGAGGUCAAGCUCGAGGUCAUGCGCGCCAGUGGUGCGGGUGGCCAACACGUCAACAAAACGGAAUCCGCUGUCCGGCUCACCCAUUUGCCUACCAACACGGUUGUUGCGAUGCAGGAUUCGAGGUCUCAGCACAAGAACAAGGAAAAGGCGUGGAACCUACUGCGCUCGCGCAUUGCCCAGGCACGGCGAGAGAAGCGUGAAGAGGAAAUGGCAAAUAUGCGACGCAGCGUCAUUGGCGUGGCCAAGAUGGGGCGUGGUGACAAGGUCCGCACGUACAAUUGGGGCCAACAACGCGUCACAGACCACAGGAGCGGCACUACCGUACAUGAUCUCGAUGAUGUCAUGCAGGGCGGGCAGACGCUGAGCACAGUCAUGGAGAGUGUUCGCAGUUGGCUCAUGGAAAGAGAUGUCGAGGCCUUGAUUGCUGAUGAAGCAGCGAGGAAAUAGAUUUCACAUUGUUCUAGCUAUCAAGCUAUGGAUUGUUGAGGGAAUAACCAGCUUCAUACCGGAUCUGCGGUAAGCUUCGACUAUUUAUUGAUAUGCAAAUGAUGGGUUUUCAGCUUCAGAUUUAAUACCUGGUCAACAUGUUGCGCAUACACAAAUCAAACACUUGCACGAU